AGUGCGUUUUCAUUUUAUUUUUUGGUCAGGAGUCAGGACCCACAUAAUUUUAUAUCAAAUUAUGCUGAUGCUCAUAUAUAAGCUCAAAAUGAUGUACAUAUAAUACAUCAGUGUAGAGAGUGCAUUGAACUUGAUAUUACCUUAAAAAGUAUUCAUAUCCUGCUCGUAAAUAAGGUUUUCCUGAUAGAAUAGCCGUUUGAAGAAAAACAAAAUAAGGUUUUCUGUUAAUGAUAAAUUACACUUUUUCAAUAAACAUCUCCUUAAUUACAAGUGUUCAUUCAUAUUAUACAAACCCUUGAUCCAUUUCAAAUUUGGAGUUUCCAAAACUUCGAUUACUUAGGUUUGCAUUCAAGCUAUUAGAUCUUUAUUUUUGAUCCUAUAAUUCAUCAAAUGAUACCAAAAUAUUUGAUUUAAGCAACAUUUAUUAGAAUUAGCAAAACGCUAACUUGGACACUUUUUCUUUCUGAGAACUGAUUUAAAGGUCAUAUUUCUGAAUCUUUGUAAUCGAUUAUGUUGGAGAAGCUCGUUUUCUCAUUCUAAAUUAGUCUGAGAGAUCUGUGGUUAAAUACAAUUUAUACCUAUUACACUAUUUAUUAUAGAUAAGAUAGUAUGUUUUGGUGAGUAGUAGUUUUUUCUUUUCUUUCUGUUUGUGCAAUUUUUACAAGCAAAAAUAUAAAUAAGAAAAGUCCUUCUCUUUUUACGGUCUGCAUGCCUUGCUCCCUGGUCGAUUUGGAGGUGUCGCUCUUUGCUAUAUAUAUCAAGCGCGCACACACAUACCAAACAUACACUCACACAAGUAUCUUAGUUAAAAUUUAUUUCCUCCUUAAUAAUUUACAACACACACACAUAUAUACAACAAUACAAACACAGUACUCUCACAUAUACAUUAAUGUAACUAUAUAUAUACCGAGGUCUUGUUGCUGUUUCUGAUAUCAAAGCCAUUAGUUUUGUGUUUAACUUUUACCCUUCUUUUUCUGUUUCUCUCCCUGGUUGGGAUAACAUGCCAGACACAAAGAUAUUUCAGUUGUUGCCUGAUGACAAAGAUAUCGUAGCCAUUCACAGUACCGAUAGUCUCCUAGUUCCAUCAAACCCCCAGCCUCCAGAAUCAUCAUUAUCUCCAAGUCUUAAAGAAAAUAAAUCUAGAAGUGAUGGAAACAACCAACAACAAGAUCGGGAUCAAGAUCAAGAACAAGAAAAGCUCCAGUAUGAAUCAAGAAGCAAACGAAAAUGGGAAUAUAAUGAUGAAACUUCUCGGGUAGAGAUUCUAGAGACGCCGAGGUAUUCAAACAUAAGGUGUUAUUGUCCUCCUCGGCCGCCUAGAAAGCCAAAAGCUUCUCCGGCCGUGAAAAGGAGAGACAUGUGGUUAAAGAGAUCUGUGGUUUUCUUGGAUGUAGCCAGAGAGGUCGAAUCUAUGUUUCCUCCGUCUGUUAUUCAAGAUUUCGGUAAAAAAAUCAAGAAAGCUAGAUAUUGAUCAAUUUUCAUUAGAUAUUCUAUAUAUAUCCAUAGCUUGAUAUUUUUUUCUGUUUGCGUUACCUAUAAGCUUAUAUGCUAUAUUGCUGUGUAACAAAACCACACAAAAACCAAAGUGUAAUGUUGUUGUUAACUUAUAUCGAAUCAAACUCCGUUGGUUUUUGAAGA